CAGCUCACCCUCACCUCAUUGAUUUGCUUUGUGGGAACAUUGCAAGCCAUUGUUGUCACCCUCGUUACGGAGAGAGGGAGGCCUUCGGUUUGGAGCAUUGGGUGGGACAUGAACCUGCUGGCUGCUGCUUACGCCGGAAUUGUGACUUCGAGCAUCGCAUACUAUGUUCAGGGAUUGGUGAUUCAGAAGAAAGGUCCCGUCUUUGCAUCAGCCUUCAGCCCUUUGAUGAUGAUCAUAGUGGCCAUCAUGGGCUCCUUUGUUCUUGCUGAGAAGAUUUAUAUGGGAGGAGUUCUUGGCAGUUUUCUGAUUGUGGGAGGGCUGUACUCUGUUCUCUGGGGAAAAUACAGAGAGAGCAAAGAGAAGGAAGAGAAAGAAGCCAUGGCUCUGCCUCUUGCAGCUGUGAAGGGUGUCAUUGAAGGAAAUGUACAGAUUCUGGAAAUGGAAGCAGACGAAAUGGAGAUUGAGAAGGCAAAAGCCAACAACAAGAAGAUGAUAUCAUCUUUACCUUCUGUUGAUUCUUUGGUGGUUGCAGUUGUAGAGCCGGUACCAGAAGCCUUCAUGAAGGUGAAGGAAGAAUUCAAGAGUUAGAAGCUUGGGUAAAGUUCUAAUUUGGCGAAGAGAGAAAGAGAGAGAGAGCUUAGAGAAGAUGGCUAUCAAGAGCAUAAACAGAAUGCGAGGGGUACAGGGUCUAUGGCAAAGGAGCUCUUUUGGGACUUUUGCCUGACCUUUUUUCUCAAGUUUCUUUUUCUUCCCUUUUUUUUUUUUUUGGG